UCCACGACCUGGUCACUCGGGGGAGUUGCUCGGACCAGAUGGAUCAUUUCUAAUGAUGACAUUAAGUGGACCGGAGCUGUGCCGUCUUUUGCCUUGUGUCAUGGAUACGUUUAGAGCUUUUCACGUCUCCUGAUGGUUCGCUCUGGAAUGUUAUAGGAAGUGGAUACAAUGUGAAACGUACCGAUGCACUAUUAAGAGUGUCAAGUCAACCUUGACUCUGAAGAUGUAAUUCUUUCCCUACAGUGAAUUUUGUUUUUUUCUUAAAUGUGAUUUCAUUUGGAUUACACAUAUUUGUUAUUGACGGUCUUUCGCGUGUGUUUUAAAAGCGGAUUGAAUUCGACAAAUAUCUUUACGCUGUUUGGAUUAGAGACGUUUCUAUUUGUCUCCCAUUUGUCUGAAGUCUUUUGUUCUGGAGGAUUACUGGAAAGGCGAAAGUUUUGUUUUUCUGUCCGUUGGUUUUGUUGUAAGAAUUUCUUUUGCCCCCCCCCCCUUUGGGGCUCGUAGUGUGUUAAGAUGAGCACGGCGGCCAUGUUGCCCCCUGAAGAAGUGGAGGACCUGAGUGAGGACGCCCAGUUGAGGAAGCAGAUCGAGGAUAACACAAAUGAAUCCCUGGAAAGCACGAGACGUAUGCUGGCCAUGUGUGAAGAGAGUAAAGAGGCGGGAAUAAAGACAUUGGUUAUGCUGGAUGAGCAGGGAGAACAAUUGGAUAGGAUAGAGGAAGGUAUGGAUCAGAUCAACCAGGACAUGAAAGAUGCUGAAAAGAAUCUGGAAGGCCUGGAGAAAUGUUGUGGUCUCUGUGUAUUGCCAUGGAAAAGGUCCAAGAACUUUGAGAAAGGCUCAGACUACAGCAAGACAUGGAAAGCUUCUGAAGAUGGUAAAGUCAACACAAAUGGUCCUCGAGUAGUAGUUGAUCAAGGCAAUGGCUCUGGACCAACAGGAGGCUAUAUAACAAGAAUCACUAAUGAUGCCAGGGAAGAUGAGAUGGAACAGAAUAUUGGAGAAGUGGCUGGCAUGGUCAGUAACCUCCGCAACAUGGCGGUGGACAUGGGUAAUGAGAUUGAAUCCCAGAACAAACAGUUAGAUCGCAUUAACAUGAAGGGCGGGUCUCUGAACGUACGAGUGGAUGAAGCUAACAAGCGAGCCAAUCGAAUACUGCGGAACCAAUGAUAGACACAUGUGGUAAAAGGUCCCACUGGCUGUUAUCUAUUGAGUGAAAGCUAUGUUGAUGAGGUCUUGACAUUUUGUUUUUAUUUCAUCAUGCUCAUUUGUUUAAGUUUUUCUGAAAUUGUUAUUUCAAUAUUAGAAAACAAAAACCUUGAUGUACUACUUAAGCAUGGGGAGAUAAUCACUAGAAAUAUUUUUUUUUUUGGUUAUAUAUUUAUUGAUACUAAGUAUUGAAUUUGAAAGAAAUUUGUUUUUGUCAAUUAGACAAUGAUUUGGUUGUUUAUGUAAUAAAAACAUUUUGAAAAAUAUUUUACUGUCAACCUUCUUUAUACCAAACGCAUAUAAAUAGAAUGUUCAAUUAUACAGUCUCUUUAUAUAAGAAACACAUUUUGUUAUUUUUACAAUGUAUAUAGGACACGCUAGAUACAUUUAUUUUUGUAAAACUUGUCUGAAAUUUCUCUUGUUUUAUAUAAGAAGCUCUUGCUAUGAAGUCUGGUAGUUAUGUAUUAUGUGUGAAUAUUACUUGGAACAGUUUGUCUUUCCAGACUCUAGUAAGUCAGGGAUAAAAGUAGUUCAGAUAGUCACAGAUUAGUCAAUGUAAUUCAUUGUAUCAAGGUUUAACUGUUCUAAAGAUGUAUUCAGAGCAGUUAAUUGUAUUAAGGUUGAACUGUUCUAAAGAUGUAGGAAAGUAUUUGUAAGUUUUCUAAUACAAAUCUGUUUUAUGUAGAGAAACUUGUUAAGAGAAAUUUCUUCAAUGUUAGAUUGAAUUACAACAAUCUGGUGUCAAUCCCUGAUUUUAGUCCAAGGUCCCUGUACACUAAUUCUAUCAUUGUUUGUAAAGUUAUGUUAGGUGUAUUAUGCAGACAAGAGUGAGGUGAAGGAUGAUAAAGUAGCUUGAAAGCCCUUUGUUAAGGUUUGUCUCUCCUUCCAGUAUGAAUUGCACUUCAAUUGUGAUAACCAAAUAUAAUAUAUGCAGUCUAUGAAGGUGAGUGUCAGUGUGUGUAGCAGACUGUGCGUGUGGUUGAAACGUUCCUCAAUGGACAAGUUGCAGUUUUGGUUUUAUUUAUUUGUAUGAAUUUCAUGGUAAAUAUUUCAGUUUAGGCUUCAAUACAUUUUUCAACACACAAAAUGUUCAGGUGAUACAAAGCUCAAAUUUGUGUCCAAUGUUAAAUGUUAUUUUGUUUGUAUGUGAAGGAUUUUGUUUUAUCUUAAAUCUGCAAAAGUAAUGUUUUGUUAAGCAAACAAACAGUUCAUGAUAUGAUUGUUACAUCAUAGUCUGUUAUGUAAUUGUAGUGUAACUCCAGAAAAGUGCUCUAUAUUUCCUAUCUAUUACAUUUGAUCAUAACUCCCACAGCCUGAGAUCAUCAACAGAAAACAAUGAACAAAAUCUCAACACUAUUCCAAAGUCCAGAGUGAACUGAAUAGAAUUGAUCUUUUUGUUGUUUUAUCAAUCCACCAUCAUGUAUAAUCAUUUUCCUCCCUUCCUCCUUUUCCUGAAGAGAACAUGCCAGGAUGACUGAGCAGCCUACUUGCUGCCAAGACAGGAGUGAACAUAGAAAUACUUAGUUUGGAGUUUAGCAUUAGUUUAAGAGUUGAACGGUAAAUGAUAAGUAGGUCAAUGCCAGCAUGUUCAUCUUUUUUUUUGUUUAAUGUUUCAAUCUUGUAUGAAAGUUUUUGUUUCUUUAACUUUAAGAACUCCUAGCCAGAGUCAAACUUCCAUAGAACAUUGUAUGUGUAUUAUAGACCGACCAUUUGCUCAUCUGUUGAACAAAAGGAAAUUAAACAGUAAAAAAUCUUAUGCAUGAAAUAAUUCUUUUCCCCCAUAGUUCUGAAAGCUCAGAUGUUCUUAGAAGUUUUACAAUGUUCAACACAGAUCUAGUAUCCAUCUCAAAUAAGUCAAAGUGGUGUUGAGGUUAUUUAAUGUCAUAUAUAGUUCAAAGACAGUUCCUGAAAUGUCAUUAAAAUGAUUUUUUUAUAUGGUUUCAAUAUUUUAUUUUGCUUUGAUUAUUGCAAAAAAAAAAAAGAAAAUUUUUUUUUAUGCCAUUGGACAGUGAUCUAAGUGCACGUUUGUUGACUGGAUGUCUGCUUUCUUUAUUAGAGCUGCCUCACAGUGCACAGUUCAGUGUUAGGGUUGUAUCCUUUUAAAUAAUAUUCUUGACUUCUUUUACAAAAGUUUAUUAAUACUAAUAUGACCAUUAUGUGCAUAUUUAAAAGAAAAAUAAACCACACUAUAUGUACAUGUUGUUGUGUAUGUUGGCCUCUUUUAGUCGUAACGACUAGGGUUCAUCUUGUAGAGCACUUUUUCAUGUGCAUGUGGAGCCCUAUUUUGGAGAGACACAUGUACCACAAGUUAAGGUGGCUUUCACUUUGAUGGUAGAGGAGCCAGCUAGUUUUUGAGGUUACUAAGAGCUUUGGAUAAGCGAGAUGAAAGCCUGGGCAUUAUUUCUAUUUGGAACGAUGUUGCCCACACAGAAGUUCUCCCCUCUCUAUGCAGUUGAUCUGACCAAAGGAAUGGAAAUAUCUGAUACCUGGUUCUGCAAGGUUGUAGCACAUUUUGCCACAAUCUGCCUUAAGGUCACCAGCUCCUGAUUAUUCUUCAGGGUUGUCUCCCAUAGCCUUUCCAAUGUUUGGGUAUAGCCGCAAGACAGCUGAGGUUUUUAUUCAAAGUUUUCCUUCUCCUAGAUGGGUAACCAACAAAGGCUAAAAAAGCCCCUCCUGCCCAAAGGCUUACUGGCUUAGGCACAUUUGCUCGCCUUUGCCUUUUCUCCUCUCAGUGAAAGCCAGGAGUUGGAUUGUUUAUCAAAGGCUAUUUGUGA